AGCUCCGAAAAGAAUCCUGUUGCUACGAUGUUCUAGAAAAAUCUGGGAGGGACUGCAAAAUCUAUGUGGUAUCAUUCCGCCGAUGAGGAUAUGUAAACAUUUUUAUGUAUAAAAAUUAAUCUGAGACAAACUGUCGUGUUUAUGAUUGGUACUGUAAAUAAACUAGGGUCAAAAAGUGAAGUUUUUUUGUGUAAUACUACACUGCGGACCAACAGAACCUACUUUCUGAAGCGGACGGAUAUUGGGGGUGACGUAUGCAGAGACCGGUAUAUAUGCAGAGACUGCGCGUUCCGGGUUAUACCGAGCUUCAGCGACAGAGAAGAAGUAUCUCGUCUACGACAAGAGCAGAGCAUUUAGAGCAUUUACUGCGUUGAUUAAAAGUAAGUACGGGGUUAUUUUUUUAACGUACCUUUCGAUCUGAUUUUCUGCCAUAUUUUCAGCCCACUGUCGAUAACUUGUUACUAAGGGUUGAUCACACGAUUGAAGCUCAGCUCUUAGGAAAUUACUUUAAUGAGUUUAAACAGAUGUGGUCAGAAAACGUUGACAUUUCGAAGAAAAAGCUUGGGUCGAGUUUUUGUUGGUAUUUUAUGUGUUGUUUGUAGCCUGAUCUUUGAAGGAGUCGUCGUCGUCGUCGUCGUCUUCGACGGAAGCGGCAGUAGCUUGCUAAUGUUAGCAGUAGCAAUGACUCGACAUUUCCAGUAACGUCCAUUAGCGGGUGACGUGAGCCGAACAAAAGGAAGGUCAACAUAGUCUCAAAAUGGCGCUCGCGCUAGAAUGGUUGCCUUGUUAUUUCAAAACCUUGUCUUCAAUACAGGACGAGAGAAAGUAACUAUAACUACUGAGAAUUAAGAUAUGUAGUUAACUUCAGCGUAUGGUUACGUGGUUAGUUCUAACUGUAUAGCUUAUUCUUAUUCAGCUUUGUGACUCAUGACUGUUCUACUUUUCUUUGUCUGUUGUUUAAUAGACAGUAGCGGCUGAAUUUGUGGUUGGCUUAAAGGGCUUAUGACGAAACGCGCACUGCAUGUAAAUUUGUAAAAUAUAAGGUUUUGUUUCUCUAUUGACAGGAGACAAAAUGCAGAUCUUCGUGAAGACCCUCACUGGCAAGACCAUCACCCUGGAGGUUGAGCCCAGUGACACCAUUGAGAAUGUGAAAGCCAAGAUCCAGGACAAGGAGGGCAUUCCCCCAGAUCAGCAGAGGCUGAUCUUUGCUGGCAAGCAGCUUGAAGAUGGCCGCACCCUGUCAGACUACAACAUCCAGAAAGAGUCCACCCUCCACCUUGUCCUGCGUCUGAGGGGAGGCAUGCAGAUCUUUGUGAAGACCCUCACUGGCAAAACUAUCACCCUUGAGGUGGAGCCAAGUGACACCAUUGAAAACGUCAAGGCCAAGAUCCAGGACAAGGAGGGCAUCCCCCCAGAUCAGCAGAGGCUGAUCUUUGCUGGCAAGCAGCUUGAAGAUGGCCGCACCCUGUCAGACUACAACAUCCAGAAAGAGUCCACCCUUCACCUUGUCCUGCGUCUGAGGGGAGGUAUGCAGAUCUUCGUGAAGACCCUCACUGGCAAGACCAUCACCCUGGAGGUUGAGCCCAGUGACACCAUUGAGAAUGUGAAAGCCAAGAUCCAGGACAAGGAGGGCAUUCCCCCAGAUCAGCAGAGGCUGAUCUUUGCUGGCAAGCAGCUUGAAGAUGGCCGCACCCUGUCAGACUACAACAUCCAGAAAGAGUCCACCCUCCACCUUGUCCUGCGUCUGAGGGGAGGUAUGCAGAUCUUCGUGAAGACCCUCACUGGCAAGACCAUCACUCUUGAGGUGGAGCCAAGUGACACCAUUGAAAACGUCAAGGCCAAAAUCCAGGACAAGGAGGGCAUCCCCCCAGAUCAGCAGAGGCUGAUCUUCGCUGGCAAGCAGCUUGAAGAUGGCCGCACCCUGUCAGACUACAACAUCCAGAAAGAGUCCACCCUCCACCUUGUCCUGCGUCUGAGGGGAGGUAUGCAGAUCUUCGUGAAGACCCUCACUGGCAAGACCAUCACUCUUGAGGUGGAGCCAAGUGACACCAUUGAAAAUGUCAAGGCCAAAAUCCAGGACAAGGAGGGCAUUCCCCCAGAUCAGCAGAGGCUGAUCUUUGCUGGCAAGCAGCUUGAAGAUGGCCGCACCCUGUCAGACUACAACAUCCAGAAAGAGUCCACCCUCCACCUUGUCCUGCGUCUGAGGGGAGGUAUGCAGAUCUUCGUGAAGACCCUCACUGGCAAGACCAUCACCCUUGAAGUUGAGCCAAGUGACACCAUUGAAAACGUCAAGGCCAAAAUCCAGGAUAAGGAGGGCAUUCCCCCAGAUCAGCAGAGGCUUAUCUUCGCUGGCAAGCAGCUUGAAGAUGGCCGCACCCUGUCAGACUACAACAUCCAGAAAGAGUCCACCCUCCACCUUGUCCUGCGUCUGAGAGGCGGGCAAUAAAGUCGUAUAUGAUUCCAUGUUCUCUACCCAAUUUCCUUCAAGUUUACGUGCUAUGUAUGACAUGUCUACACCUCAUGUUAUGAAAAUGUUACAUAAGAGGUUUUUACCUUGAAAUGACCAAAAGUUUAAUGCACACUUCAAUAAAGGUUUGAACUGAA